AUGGGUGUUCGAGGAUUGACAGGUCUACUGGCGCGAUUUGCUCCCAAAUCAAUUCAAACAGUUAAUGCAAACGAAUUAGCUCAUCAAACAGUUGCAAUUGAUGCAAGCUGUAAUUUAAGCAAGUUCAUAUAUGGAGAUGAGCCUCAUCCCCACAAACACAUCUUUGGAUUUUUUAUGCUUGCACGAUUUUGUGAGAUCAACAAUAUAAAGCCAAUUUUUAUUUUUGAUGGCGCUUCUCGGAUACCUGCAAAGAAACUUGAGCUAGAUCGACGGGAUCGUGCUAGAAACAAAGUAGAUCAUUCGCUUUUAUUCGAGGUGGAACGGAAUCUACGAUUAGAUGCUUUGUUUCAGUCUUCAUCAAAUAAAGAAUCUUUAUCGAAUGAUGCAGUUAUACGAAUUCUAGCUCGUCUAGAUCAGACACAAGAUACACUUACCGAUGCUCAUGCCCAGGUAAAUAAAAAUAUUGUCGAGAAAGCAGAUAAACCUUCACUUGAGGCGAAGCUAUCGGAAUGGGCUGAUGGUAUCAAUCAAGCAGCGGUGUUAUCAGAAGAUCGUGAAAAGUACACGCAAACAGUACGGAAUCUUACAGCAAAGGAACGGGAUACUAUGUCAACCAUUGUACAAGAUCAAUUGAAUAGUGUAAAGUCUUUUUUGAGUCCAUUGAUGGUAGAAAAUGAAUAUCUCCUCUCUUCUCUCGAGAAAAGAUCUAUUCGGGUAACUCAGCAGUUGCGAGAAGAGUGCCAGUUUUUCUUGGAGUCUCAAGGGCACCUGUGCUUCUCCUGUGAAGACCAUGAGGCCGAGGCGAUGUGCGCUCAUCUCGGAAAGACGAAUAGAACAAGUGCCACAGUGUCAGAAGGAAAAGACUCUUUUAUGAUUGACCCUAUUGUUGCACGCCGGGAGCUUGGAUUGACAAAAGAAAGCUUUAUGGACAUGUGUAUUUUGUGUGGGACUGAUUUCUCGACAAAAAUUAAAGGAAUUGGACCUAUACGUGCCCUUCAGCACAUACAAAAAUAUGGAUCCAUUGAGAAUAUUCUCGAGAAUAUGACCUCAAAGUAUAUUCCAGAGGAAGGGUUUGAUUACAAACUUGCGAGAGAGGUCUUCUCUACCCUACCUCCUAUUCCACUAAAGGACAAGGACUAUGCACAGCCUAUUGUGAGCAAGAAACUUUCUGAACGAAUGUUAGAGUUUUAUGAAAUUGAUGUAGUUGAUGUGGAAAACCGCAUUCGAACUAUAAUAUUCCAGCAAGGCCUAGGCCUACACAAUUGGGAAUCUGACCCAUUUUCUAGUAAAUGA